UCCUCUGCGGCCUCCGUAAGGUGUCGUGGCGCUUGUGGAGUGCGAAGGCGAAGGUACAGCGGCGUUAAAUAGGAAGAUAAGCAAAUAUUCGUUUCAUUAAGUUUAAACUACAGUGAUCGUAUAUCAUAUAAAGGUUUCCGGCUGAUAAUGAGGCGUGCAGGUUUGGGUGAAGGCGGCCCUCCAGGCAAUUACGUUGCAAGUGGAUACAGUGUGUAUGAGGAGGAGAACGAACAUCUGCAGGAGGGACUGAAGGCUAAAGUAAAUGCACUUAAACAUCUUUCAAUUGACAUUGGAAAUGAAGUCAAGUACCAGAAUAAAAUGUUGGGAGAAAUGGACACGGACUUCGACUCAACUGGAGGUCUGUUGGGAGCCACCAUAGGUAGAUUGAAGCUCAUCUCCAGGGGAAGCCAAACCAAGGUGUACUGCUACAUGCUGCUGUUUGCCCUGUUUGUUUUUAUUGUCUUGUACUGGGUGAUAAAACUGAGGUGAUCGUAAGACUGAUGAGACUCUUCAGGACCUUUCUUAGUGCCAUGCUCAUUUGGGAUAGAGAGUCAGAAUCCUCGCAGUGAUGACUAGGACUGAGCUAAUUGAGGAUUCUUCUUUCCAUUGGACAAGAAAUUGAACCAUUGAGUGACAAUGUGCAAUAUGAGACAAAACUCUGUCGUACCCUACCAAAAAUUUGUGUCCCUUCAGUGCAGAGAUGAUGCUAAUUGUUUAAUACUGGUCAGGUUAACUUGCAUCUUUCCUUCUUUUAUUCAAAAAUAAUGACCUUUGUUUAAUAGUAUUAUUCUUUUAGGAAAACUAUUAAUGUGUGCUAGUGUCUAGGAUAAAUGCAUUUGAGUGUCACACAAGCACAGCAGCCCUGUAAUCAUAUAGUUGGACAUUCAGGUUAUGACAGCUGCCCAGCUGGAUUAGGUGCAAACAAAAUCACACAGACUUAUUACUGUGCAAGUCUUCACAACAUCCUGGAAAGAGUUGCCACAAAAUUGUGUGAAUAUAAUGUUCAAAGGGCUGAUAUUCAGACUGUGAAAUCAAUACUGAGAUGUGAGAUUAUGUGCAAUGCAGAUGUAUAAUAACUGUGUCAAAAACCACCCCAGAAUUCUGUUUAUUUCAGAAAUGUCUUAAGUAAUUUUGAAGUCCCUUCAGCUCUCUAUGGUUAACAAAAUGCAUGGUUUAUUUCAGUUUCAGAAACUAACUUGUAAAUAAAUGUCAUUUUUGAGAGAAUUA